UUAACUCACGAGUCUCACAGGAAGGAUGUUGAACAGGUCUACCUCCGCUGUUCUGAAGGGUCCAUAGAGUGGAUGUAUCCCACGGGAGCACUCAUAGUCAACCUGCGACCCAACACUUCACCUGCCUCUUACAAACAUUUGACUGUUUGCAUAAAGCCCUUCAAGGACUCUGCAGGAGCAAAUAUUUAUUUGGAAAAAACUGGAGAAUUGAAACUCUUGGUCCGAGAUGGAGAUCGCAGUAAAGUCUAUUGCUUUGGCUAUGAUCAGGGGGGCCUGUUUAUUGAGGCCACUCCUCAGCAGGACAUUAGCAGGAAGAUUACAGGCUUCCAGUACGAAUUGAUGAACAAGGGGAUAGCAUCUGAUUUGCACACAGUUUCUGCUCCCUGCCGACCAUGCAGCGACACAGAAGUCCUCUUGGCUGUCUGCACUAGUGAUUUUGUGAUCAGAGGCUCUAUUCAAGAUGUCACGAACAAGGCAGAAGAGCAAGAAUCCAUCAUUCACGUCGGUGUCAACAAACUGUACAGGCAGAAGAGCAAAGUCUUUCAGCUCACGGGGGAGAGCGGGAACUGGCGAGGGCAAAUAAAGACCCUGCUGGAGUGUGGGGUGAAACCAGGAGACGGAGACUUCCUUUUCACAGGACGCAUGCACUUUGGGGAGGCCAGGUUAGGCUGUGCCCCUCGUUUUAAAGACUUCCAAAGGAUGUACAAAGAGGCAAAAGACAAAGGGCUAAACCCAUGUGAAAUUGGCCCUGAUUGAAAUCCCCUGUUUGGCGGAAGAUCGCUUUUAGCGUUUGGCCGGGAAUUUUUCCUGGCCGCGGCAAAAACUCUGAACAAAAACGGUAACUGAGAGCAUGGACAGAUCUGGAGCGCAGGCUGAGGCCCCGCAGGACACGUCUGCAGCCUGCGGUGCUGUUAGACUAAUGGAAGCAACAGAGGUACGAGCUCAGAAGGCUGCCAAGCAAGCAAGGCUGGAUUUUUAACCAAUCUUGUCCUUACGAAUUAAGUUAUUAUAUUUUUUUAGUGACUUCCUUAGGAAAACAAACAAAGAAAAGUCCCAUGUCUUAAUAAAAAACCCAAAUGAAAGCCAACAUGCCUUUGUAUCUUUUUAAUACUAAUUUUUAAAAACGUCUUAAGCUGAUGUAGCAUUUGGUAUGGCAUAUUCUGUAUAAAUGGCCAAGAAUGUGAUAGAGCACGGUAAAACAUCUUAACAUUGAUGCUUUGUAAAAAG